AAGCUGGUGUAAAAAUUAAUCCUAAAGAUUGGUCAGAAGCUGAAUUAGAAAGGAUAACACGUCGUUUAACUGUAGAGCUAGCUAAAAAAGGCUUUAUUGGUCCAGGUAUUGAUGUUCCUGCACCAGACAUGGGUACCGGUGAACGAGAAAUGGCAUGGAUUGCUGAUACAUAUGCGUCCACGGUCGGUUGGGAAGAUAUACAUGCCUACGGCUGUGUCACUGGCAAACCGAUUGGCAGUGGUGGUAUUCAUGGACGUACAUCGGCCACAGGACGUGGCUUAUAUCACGGUGUUGAUAACUUUGUGAACGAAGCAUCAUAUAUGGGCAUGGUUGGAUUGUUGCCGGGUCUUGCUGGGAAGACGUUUAUAGUUCAAGGUUUUGGUAACGUGGGUUUACAUUCAAUGCGUUAUUUAACUCGACACGGUGCUAGAUGUAUCGGUAUAUUAGAAUACGAUUGUGCCAUUGUGAAUCCUGAGGGUAUUGAUCCAAAAGAGUUGGAAGAUUAUAAACUUGAUAAUGGAACCAUAAAAGGCUUUCCGGGUGCUAAACCCUAUGAAAAAGAGCCAAAAGAAGACUUAUUAUGUGAACCAUGUGACAUCCUUGUUCCAGCAGCUAGUGAAAGACAAAUAACUUCAGAAAAUGCCCAUCGUAUUCAAGCACGCAUUAUUGCUGAAGGAGCCAAUGGACCCACAACACCUGAAGCUGAUCAAAUUUUAAUGAAAAAUAAUGUUUUAGUUAUACCAGAUUUGUAUAUUAACGCUGGUGGUGUGACUGUAUCAUAUUUUGAAUGGUUGAAAAAUUUAAGCCAUGUCAGCUAUGGACGUUUAACGUUUAAAUACCAACGUGAUACAAAUUAUAGUUUACUGACGAGUGUACAAAGUUCACUUGAAGCGAAAUUCGGUCGCAUGGGUGGAAAAAUACCAAUUACACCAAGUGACGAAUUUUACAAACGAAUGGCCGUAAGUAUUUUUCUUCAAGGUGCAUCGGAGAAGGAUAUUGUACAUUCGGGUCUGGAACAUACAAUGGAAAGAUCGGCACGUGCUAUUAUGCAGACAGCUAUGACAUUUAAUCUUGGGCUUGAUAUUCGUACCGCAGCCUAUGUUAACGCAAUUGAAAAGAUCUACAAAGAGGAAAAUUUGUCCAUUCGUGGCCCAUUCGGAAUAACUACAGCCUCAACCGUGAUAUGGUACAUUGGAAUAUGCCUUCUAUUUCUUAUGUCAUUUUUCGGCCUAACCUUAUCCGUACUCUAUUUUGUAACAGGAGCAAUUUACAUUUUGAAAAUAAUUGGAUCUACUGUUAUUUCUGGUUUAGAUACAAUUACGGAUCAAACAACAAAACUUUAUGGUAUCGCUGGUUCAGGCAGUCUUGCUAUUGUAACAUUUUUCAUCGUUUGCCUUGACUGUUGCUACAAAGGCAAUCGUCAAGAUCAUGAAAAUGAAAUAUUAUACAGAAUUCAACGAGCGAAAGAAGCUCAACGAAAGAAAAAGCGUGCUAUCCGUCCCGUGGUCGACGACAGGAUUGAGAAUGAAAUGAAAAAAACAGCUAGAAACAACAAUACCUACGUUAAUCGGCAAGUUCAUCCAUCAUCGUCUCAGCCUCAUCAACAUCAACAUCAUUCGCACAUAAACUCACAUGCUCACCACCACCACCAUCACCACCCUCAUGUACAAAACAUACAACAACCGCAUUACCAUCAUCCACUUGUUUGUCCAGUUUGUCAUGAUAUGCAUGCUACAGGCGCUUACAAUCAUAAUCCUCCAAAUGAUGUUGGAGUGGAUACAUCGGAUAAAUUUCCACCAAAAAAACCGAUGAAACAAAAAGAAGUUGUGCACAAAUCAACACGCGACGCACAAACCGAAUUUACGAUGUACGAUCAAGAUCGAAGUACUCAGACAGAUCGUGACUCAGGAACACAAACGUCGGCAAUCGAAAUGAGUGGUUUACCAAAUAAUAUAACGUCAAUAAUACAUGAGACAACAAUUUUGAAGGCCCCACGCAGUCUUUUACCAGCAAUAAAAGAAUCAAUGCAGAAACAAGACAAGGAUAAUGCUAUUCAACAAUCAGUGACGGACACGAUGACAAUGUCGAAUCAAACAUUAAGAGCAGUGGUUGUAUCAGCUAAUGGAGGAAAGAAGUGA